AUGGGGGGGAGUGGAGGAGCCAUUCAGAACCUUGUCUCUCCUUUCACCUCAGAUGUGGGCUCCAGCGGUGGCUCCUCUCGCAGCACUAGCCGCAGGAAGAGGACCAGCUUCUCCAAGGAACACGUGGAGCUCCUCCGUGCCACCUUCGAGACCGACCCGUACCCUGGCAUCAGCCUCAGGGAGAGCCUGUCCCAGACCACGGGCCUGCCGGAGUCACGCAUCCAGGUGUGGUUUCAGAACAGAAGAGCUCGCACACUGAAGUGCAAAGGAGCCAAGAAAGGCAUGUGGCAGCCGGACAGCCCAGUCCACGAUGCUCCAACGCCUCAUCAGGCGGGCGCCAUCCCUCUCCCACCGCAGGGCCCUCCAUCGGCCAAAGUGAAGGAGGAGCUGGAGGAAGCCUGCUACUACAGACAAUGCUCUUCAGCUUUCCCCGCUAUUGAGGAGCACGAUCCGUUUGGCUCUGUGUACAGGUUCCAGCAGGGACGACCAAGAGGGAACAGCUCCAGCACACCGUUGAGGGGAUACUGGCCGCAGCGAGGCAGCCAACGCACCCCCGUUCAGCCACUGUGGUGCCACCCCCCCAUGCGGUCACCCAACUACAGCUCCCCUUCCAACCAGGCAGCAGCCUUUAUGUAUGCGGGAUCAACAGAGCAGCAGAUGUACAACACUCCCUCAGCCUCCCACUCCGCCAGCCCAGACACGCCAGAUUCGGGAUACUGGGACCUUAGCUUGGACGGCAGCCCGCCACCACAAGUAUCCGGUCAGUAUCCACAGCUGGAGGAUUCAUGGAGUAGAGCUGGUGUGGAAGGAUGCAGGAAUGCUGGAAAUCCAGGGCUGGUGCAGAGCGAGCCCCUGCCGGAGCUGUCUCUGCAGGAGAUUCUGGGAGAGCUGGGUGAGGACUGGCUGGGAGGAGAAGGACUAGGGAGCCAUGCUGCUGAGGAGAAAAUGCCUUUCUGCUGAUCGCCCACUUCACGUCCCUACAGACAAUUAGAAAUCACAUGUAUUGUUUUGAUUUGAGUCAGUGGGUAGUGUCUCUGAGUUUGCCACACAUAUCCAGGUUUUUGCAUUUAUUCAUCAGUUUUUUUUUUUAUUUAUAACUUUUAUUUCUAAAAUUCUGCACUUUAUACAAAUAAAUCAGUAAUAAUUAAACACUGCAUGGCUUUCUUCGCUUUUAUAAAUUUACAAAUAUACUUUUGCCACAUUUUAUGACAUUGACCCAGCAUUCGUUAUAUCAUUCUGCCAAACUGGUUGCACAAAUCCCUCUGGCAUCCAGAUGUGAGAGACUUUAAGCAAGCUGAGCUAGAAAUUAGGUCAAAACUGCAACCAGCAGAUGGAGCCUCUGAGGUGAGGGAGCGAAAAGCAUAGGAUUUUACUUUGACCUAAACAUCAAUAUAUGUCUACAAAUAGA